AUGCUUUCCGGUCAAUUCUUGACGGUCCUGGGCCUCGUCGGGUUCGUCGCCGCCUCCCCACAGAUCCAGCUUCCUCCCUCCGGUGCAGCCGACUGCCCUCGAACCAUGUGCAUCGACGGCAUCAACACGGAGUGCAGUAUACGAUGGGGAGGCUGUUACGACAUGUGCAAGCCGAAUAUGCGGCCGACGAUGCCGCCAUGCAAGUCCACGCUCACCCGUCAUCCCCACAUCGGGUCUUCCGAAGCUCAAUUUGCAGGUCCUGGUUGGGAGCGGGCCGAUCAUCAAGCCACCGGCUCCGACGAAGCCACCUUCCAAUUCGACUCGGCAGCCCACAUCGAGUGA